GAUCUGAUACUGAUGGAGAACUGAAGAGAACAAACACAGUCAUGGCACCUACAGUCAGUGCAGCGAGGAUCAACACUGCUGGACAAAUUUCACUCACAAAUAAGCCGAGAAAGCCAAUAGUGGAGAAGAUCCGCAGAGAACGUAUCAACAGCAGCAUCGAGAAGCUCAAGUCUCUUCUGAGUGAAGAGUUCCUGAAGCAACAGCCCGACUCCAGACAGGAGAAAGCUGAAAUCCUGGAGAUGACGGUUGAUUUCUUGAGACGACAGCAGCAGAAGUCACACAAUCUGUCCACCUGCUCUCCGGCAGCUAGUGAGGGUUCCUCCAGAUGUGUACAGGAGAGCGUCAACUUUCUGUCUCAGUGUCAAGUGCAGACUCAGUCCCACAGAAGACUGCUGAAGCUCUUCCUCAACAUGCAGCCGUCCACAGAGAAGAACACACGUGUCCCGACUCAACUCAAUUCACCAGCCUGUCAGACCAACAACACAGAGAAAACUCCAGCCUGCUGUCAACUCUGGAGACCCUGGUAGAGCCACAAGGAAACUUUAAGGUUUAUCAAACAGAAUUCAAGAUGUCACUCUGAGAUUGACAUGUGCUGUAAUUCUAAUGUAGGAAUUUAUUUCCACCUCUGCUACAUUGGCAGAAUGUUUACAUACUUUCUGAGAAAGUAUGCUUUAUUCAAACCGUGUAUGAACAUUUGUAAAAAUGUUCAAAAUCAUUUGCCAUGUGAAAUGAUUUUUACCUUCAUGGAAAAUAUGGAUACAGUGUUUGGUCAUAGAAAAGUUACAGUCUGAUUUAGACAUUUGAGCUUUAUCAAGCUUUUCACCCAUAUUGGGUUUAAACUGCUUUUAUUUAUUGAAAGCAUUUGGUUUAUAUUUCUAUUGUUUGAAAUGCAUGCUAUUCUCACAUUAUAGGUGAUAUGUUUCUUUUUUUGAAAGAUGUUAAAUUGUGCAUAAAAUGUACAAACGUCGCUUUUAAUGAUUUCAUGUGUUAACAUGAAUUGGCUUUUUCCCCUUUAGAGGGCAGUAAUGUAAAAUCAUCACUUGUAGUGAUUUGGAUUUUUCUUUAAAUGGAAUCAGAUUUACCUUUAGUGAAGGUGCAUUGUAUAUUAAAUGUCUGAGACAUUUUUUUAUUUUUUCCAGUUUAAUAGUUUAAUAAUGCAAAUAUAAUUACAUGAAUUCUUCAUGGUUGUGAAAACAUGUAUUUACAUGUGUGGAGUAAGUCACUGUUACUAAUAUUGCUCUUGAAUGUUUGCUGAGCAAAUAUGUUAAUUUAUGUCACUCAUAUGUGAAGAACAGCAAUCAAAGUACUAUGACUAAUUAAAUUGU